AUGACAGUAUUUAAGCAUUACGCUAUAGUUAUCAUUAUUUCUCUAACAUCAUACAAGAUGCGCAUCAUGAGAAAUUUUCUUGGAGAGAUAGACUUCGUGCAAAUACGUACUCGGACAAGAUGCAGAUUGGAUACAACACAUUUAAUCAAAUAUCUGAAACUCAUGACAGAGAAGAAUAAUAAACUUAUCUUUUACUUGCGGCACCGGUUUAUGAUGCGGGAUUGUGAUACGCAGCAUAGCUCGGGGAAUGCCGGCGUUUGUGUUCCUGGUCUUAGGCUCUUUUAG